AUGGACGCCCUUCUAGAAGCAGUCCUAGUCCUCUUAACCUUCGUCCUGACCUACUGUAUUGGCCCUUUGAUGCUAGGCCUAUUGAGCGAGAUGUUUAAAAGAGCCACAAUCUUACACUCGGGGAAUUCAUUCUACCUGAUCUUCAACCUGGUGUGUGAGUUCGCUCGAAAUAAAGGCGAGUUCCUCACUUCUCGACUACUCAGUGGCAUUGGAGGCGCGGGUGGUCUUGUCGCCGGCGCUGGUAUCAUUAGCGACUGCUUUCCCAAAGAAGAGCGCGGCUGGGUCAUUGCCAUCUACAAUCUUGGGCCUGGCUUUGGACCUUCUCUGGGCGCUGUCGUUGGAGGGUUCAUCACCUAA